GGGGUGUCCCAAGAGAUUGUUGCUGCAGGCGCCGGUGCUAGCGCCGGGGGCUCCCAAGCCGGGGAGCUCAAAAGGAAAAAUGCCGGGAAGGGCGUCAUGCCUCCGGAAAAUAAGAAGAAGAAGAGGGGCGAGGGGGGCAAGGAUGCCCCCUUAGUGAUUAUCGAUGAACCCCCCACCUUCCAGCCCUCGGAGUCCACCCCCCUCGAGAAUUUUGACGAGGGCGCAUGGCCCCGGGAAACAGUGCAGUUCUCCUUUAAAAAGGGGACUGCAAUCAUGCACGGCACCCUCGAUCCGAGGGAGUUUCUGAGGGGUGCCACUCCCCCGCUGGAUCGGUCUACCCUUGGCCGGUUUGACGACGAGGCUCUUGAAGUCAAAGCCCUCCAGGCCUCGGUUUCUGCCAGCCUGGCUUUCGGAGAAUACGUCCGGAGAAUGGAACAGCUUCG